CGUCGUGCGCGAUAGUUGUGUCGCGCCGUUUGUCGUAUCGUGCGCCUGAUUACGUGCGUGUUUCUGUGACAUGUGCUCUGUUGAUUGAGUGACGCCCUGGAGGGCUGAUUUGUGCUUAUUGUAUUCGGAAUUCUUUUAUUUGGUGACGGCAUGCUGAAGCACGUAGCGGUCUCACCGCAUCGCGCGCGCGCAGACUCCGUCAGUCUCUCAUCGUCCGCGUCCUGCUGCAGCCUCGGCAGCCUUGAUCAUCGCCACGACUCCGUCGGGGACUUGUCUAAUCGCACGACCACAAUCAAAGUCUACGCGCGUUGUCUUCGCCCAGACAUCGAGUAUAAGACACUUUCUGUCACCUGGGGUACCACAGCCAAGGAAGUGGUCUCGACGCUGCUGGGGAAAUUCCGCAUGAGGCACAGAGACCCUCGGCUGUUUUACCUCAGCAUGGAAGUCAGGGUACGAGCUGCUGGUCUUCGAACCACCCUGGUGCUCGAUGAUGAUGCAAGACCGGCAGCGCUACAGGCCUGUCAUCCUAAAGGAUACUCCAAAUUUUCUCUUCAAAUGCGUCCUGGUGGCUUGGUGAAGAUCUACGACUCCGCUCUCAUGUCCUCAUCACAGUAUAAGUGCCUGCUUACAAGUGAGAGGACCACUGCUGACGAGCUCCUGGCUAUCCUCUUGCAUUGCUAUGACUCAACGGAAGGCGUUGAGAGGUUCUCAUUGUAUGAGGUUUGCCCAGCACAAGAGUACGAGAGGAAACUACACCCAGAUGACCUUCCACUUCUGGUCCAACGCGCGUGGCCUUCAGACAGUGACUGCCACUUCAGGGUCCGAAGGAAUCCUCGAGCGCCCCCUUUGCCCCCACGGACUAUCCCCCUCCCGGAACCAGAAGAACCUUCUAGAGCAUUAUCAGCUCUAUCCCUCGAGUCGGACAGCGAUAACCGAAGGUACAGCCCAGUAUACAAGUUUCCAAGUAUAAGUUAUUGUAGGGAGACAAAAAAUGAUUAUUUGUAUAUAUGACAACGCGACGUAAAUAUGUACAUAUGGAAAGAACCAAAGAUGGAUGUUGUAGGAAAUUCAAAUAGUUAUUUGUAAAAAAUAAAUCGGCAAAAUAAAGUUUAAAGAAAGUAUUCUUAUUCCACACAGUAAACAUUUAGCCGGAGACGAACGAGUACUUAAGAGCGCAACUAAACUGGUUUACUUUUUAUAAGGAAGUAAUUGUAAGGCUUGUAACAAAAGAUCUGUCUUUUAGAGUGCUACAGGAAUUGCACAAUGGCUUAAUCAAAUUUUCAUUAGCAAAUACAAUAAUCAACUGAUUCAUGUUUUAAACAAACCCGAUAUAACUUUUCAGUUAAUUAAUGUUUUCCUUUAAUUGUUAUGUAAUAUUCGUAAUAAUUAAAUUAAAAUGAUGUAAUCUUAUAUUUGAAAUUGGCAUUAUCAAUCAUUCAAUUAAUUUUGAUACCAAUGUAAAGAUGAUAUUAAAUUCAUGUUGACCACGUACUAUUGCGCAGACGCAUUACGCAUAUUUGAAUAGAAGUAUAGAUACCGGCAAACAUCUUGAACAAAUGUCCUUGCCUGCGCAGACGUGUCGAUCGCGUUGACAUUGACAUUGACGUGUCCCGCGCUGUGUACGAUGCGCAAACUUUCCCCCGCUCCCUUGUUUAUUGCUCAAAAAGUUUGCCGGUAACUGUAAUAAUGAUUAUUUCGUAUACUUUAUAACCUAAAAUUAACUUUUAAUCUGUAAAAACAUUUCGUUAGACGGAAAGAAGUAAAAUAGUAUUGUACUGACAUCUUAGAAUUGGUGUAAAUUGUAAAUAAAAUUAAUAUAAUGUAGCUAGUAGACACCAAAGAGGCGAGAUGUAUAUUGUUAUGUGAUGUUUUAUUUAUUUUUGGACUAUGUCCACUGAAUUUAACGAUGUAAUAAAUAUGAAUAUGUUUUAAA